CGCGUCUGUCCCUCAUCGGUUGUCUCCUCAGAGGACAGGACGGAAUUAUGAUCUGAAGAAAUCCUGUUGUGUUAUGAUGUUUUGCGAGCAGCAGAAAGGGUGAGAGGCUCUAAACGUGUGUGGUGGUGGUGUUAGAUUAGUUUUAGCCUUUUUAGUUCAGUGUUUUUCACCCCGAGUAAGACUACAUUUUGCCUUUUUUUAAUACCCCCCCACCCCCCUUCGGUAGUUUUUUAGCUCCUCGGGCAGUUCCGGGGUUUUCUGUAAGCACAAUGACACUGGUGUGUUUUAAUUUUGUGCUGGAAUAGCGAGACAUGUGCGGCAGAUAAGCUGCGUCUCGUCUCGCCUAAAAGCAGCCGGGACAGCCGGGACCACCGGAUAUUUUUCUCAAAGACAGACACAGUAAGAAGGAGACGCAACAUGUUUGAAGCUUCAGGGAUGCCUCUCAUCGUGCUGGACGUUACCUGUCUCAUCCUCGUGGGACUUCCAUUUUUUAUCCUUACCCCUCAACACAACCCUUUCAAACGGGGUUUCUUCUGUAACGAUGAGUCCAUCAGAUAUCCGCUCAAAGAGGACACCAUAUCCUACCAGCUGCUGGGAGGGGUCAUGAUCCCUUUCACACUAAUUGUGAUCGUUUGUGGUGAGUGCCUUUCUGUUUACAUGUCCCGAAUCAAGAACCGGUCUUUGGGGACCAAGUAUGUGGCGUGCAUCUACAAAGCUGUGGGGAGUUACGUGUUUGGAGCUGCUGCUAGCCAGUCUCUGACAGACAUAGCCAAGUACUCCAUCGGUCGUCUGCGCCCAAACUUCCUGGCUGUAUGCAAACCAGCCUGGGAUCGCAUCAACUGCAAAGCUGGUGGAUACAUCGAAAACUUCACCUGCACUGGAGACAAGUUUCUGGUAGAUGAAGCCAGACUGUCCUUUUACUCUGGUCAUUCAUCAUUCUCUAUGUACUGCAUGCUCUUCCUAGUGCUGUACAUUCAAGCCAGACUGAGGUCAAAGUGGGCGAGGCUUCUGCGUCCCGCCAUCCAGUUCUUCCUGAUUGCGACUGCUGUGUAUGUGGGUCUGUCCCGGGUCUCUGACUACAAACACCAUUGGAGUGAUGUGCUUGCUGGCCUCCUACAAGGGGGUUUAGUGGCUGUUCUCACAGUGUUCUGUGUUUCCAAUUUCUUUGAACAGCCGGUGGAUCCGGUCGUGUCACAGGAAGAAGAAACAUCACAUACCAGUUUACAGGAAAGCCCUUCCAAUGGAAACCACUAUGGCAGCACUGACUGAAUCUGAUUUCUUAAAGACAAUACUGUCUUGGGCCUCUACCCGUUAAAAUGGUCAAGGAGGACCUAAAACUCAUCACUGAACUGCAAGUCUUUGAUAUUAACUGCUGGUUGUUUCUGUGCAUUUCUUCAACACAGUUUGCCCCCGUCGAACCAAUUCUGCAGCCUGCAGGCUUUAGCUGCUGCCUUUGGUGUGGAUGGUAAACUUUAAUUACAGGAAGAAAAGCUGACUACAGAAAACGGUACUUGCACUUUACUGAGUUAUAAAAAGGCAGAAGUUUCUGCCACGUUUUGGGUCUACCCAACAUAAUACAGUUUAUUGUGGGGUGAAGAAACAAAAUACAGCGUGUUCAGGUGUAGGGUUUUUAUUUUUGGGGAUUUAUUUUUUACAGUGUUCACUUGAUGGAAAUGUGGUUUCAAGUGUAUAUUGGUCUGGUGUUGCCAUCCUGAAUGAAUGAAAUUCCUUUUGCCCUGAAUAUAAGGAGCGUCUGUGUGCGCACUGCAAGCAGGCUUGUAGAGAGUCUGGCACCUGUGAAUAAGAAAAGCUGGACUGUCCUGAAACCUAAAAUGGAGACAGAACUCAGAAAUAAUAUAUUUCAUGUUGAUUCUUGCCUUAGUCAGAUUGCUGCUACCUGCUGUUAUGUCUCCUACUUGGUGUAAUUCCAUGCAUGAUAAAUACAAUGCAUUGAUUUUUCCUUUUUUUUUUUUUUUUUACAGUUUGUACCAAGCUCUUUACGUUGUUGUCUAUGCAGCAGCUUUUUAAACAAUGUUGUUGAGAGCAGUACUGAAAAAUAUGGGAAAUCUGAGAAAUAAAUAAAGUGAGUUCCAUUUUGCUA